AUGGCUCCUCACUUCAUCUUCCCUCGCAGACUCGAAGACCUGGAAAACGAGGGACAAGAAGAAGAUAACAGGCUCUGCGUUCACAAUCCUGUCGAUGUUGCUUCCUUCGUUUCCUCCAAACUCGAAGAGUUUGUCAAAGGUGUGACGUUUGAUCUCUCCGACAAGGAGAUCCUCUGCAUCGAGGAGCAGGACUUGUUCGACCGAGUCUACUCCUUGGUUCGUGCCUUCCCCAUUCUCUCCCCUUCCUCUAAACUCAGCUUCCUCGAAACUCUCCGCUCUAACCUCGCCGUCCUCCUCCCCAAUGUCGAUUCCGUCUCCAGAGCCUCGCACGACCACGUCCCCCUUGCUUCUCAUCGCAACGCUUUCAAAAUAUACUCCUUCUUCCUCCUCAGCAUCCUUCUCGCUCUACACUCCAACACCUCCAACAAUACCUCCAAGGUUGUGGCUCCAAGUGCUAGGAAGAAACAAGCUGUGAAUUCAUGGAAUUGGGAGGCACAGAGAGCUCGGAUACUCAACCUCAUUGCCAACUCUUUGGAGAUAAACCUUGAAUUGCUUUUCGGUUCGCCGAACCUGGAUGAAAACUACUUGUCUUUCAUCACAAAAAAUGCUUUCUCUUUGUUUGAGGACGCGUCACUCUUAAAAGAUUCCGAUGUGAAAGAGGCCCUGUGCCGUAUUAUUGGAGCCUGCUCUACUAAGUACCAUUACACUGCACAGUCGUGUGCAUCCAUCGUGCACCUGGUUCACAAGUAUGAUUUUGUGGUCACGCACAUGGCUGAUGCAGUUGCUGCUGCUGAAAAGAAGUAUGCAGAUGGAAGCCUUGCCAUGUCCCUUGUUAGGGAAAUUGGAAGGACUAAUCCUAAAGAUUACGUGAAAGACACAGCUGGGGCUGAAAAUGUGGGUCGUUUCCUUGUCGAGCUUGCUGACCGCAUACCAAAAUUGAUUUCAACUAACAUUGGCAUUCUUGUCCCUCACUUUGGUGGAGAGUCCUAUAAAAUACGAAACGCACUUGUUGCAGUGCUGGGGAAGCUAAUAGCCAAGGCAUUUAAAGAUGUUAAUGUUGGCGAAGCAAGUUCUAAGUCCAUUCGAUUACGUACCAAGCAAGCUAUGUUGGACAUCUUACUUGAGCGGUGUAGAGAUGUCUCUGCUUACACCAGAAGUCGAGUUCUUCAGGUGUGGGCUGAGUUAUGUGAGGAGCACUCUAUUUCAAUUGGCCUGUGGAAUGAGGUUGCAGAAGUUGCUGCUGGAAGGUUGGAGGACAAGAGUGCAAUGGUCAGAAAAUCUGCUUUGAAUCUGUUGAUCAUGAUGCUGCAGCACAACCCUUUUGGUCCUCAGCUUCGAAUAGCCUCGUUUGAAGCAACCUUAGAUCAGUACAAAAUGAAGUUAAAAGAGCUUGAGCCUUAUGAAGGAGAAGAACCCUCCUCUGAUAAUGAUAAUUUUAAUGGCGAUGGAGAAGUGUUUGAUUUAAAUUGUGAAACUGUUGUGAAGGGUACGCAACAAGACAGUUUAACUGAUAGUUGCUUGUCCCAGUCAGAAGAUGCAAUCCCUUUGCAGAACAGUAGUGUUCCGGAUGUUGGGAACUUGGAACAAACUAGGGCAUUGAUUGCAUCACUUGAGGCUGGAUUGCGGUUCUCUAAAUGCAUAGGAGCCACAAUGCCAACACUUGUCCAAUUGAUGGCUUCAUCUUCUGCCACUGACGUUGAGAACACAAUUCUCUUAUUGAUGAGAUGCAAACAGUUUCAGAUUGAUAGCUCCGAGGAAUGUCUCCGAAAGAUGUUACCACUUGUGUUUUCUCAAGAUAAAUCCAUCUACGAAGCAGUGGAGAGUGCUUUCCAAACAAUAUACAUCAGGAAAAGUCCGAUCGAAACUGCCAAUAAUCUUUUGAGUCUUGCCAAUGAUUCCAAUAUAGGAGAUCUAGCCGCCCUUGAGUUUAUAGUUGGCGCCCUAGUCUCUAAGGGUGAUAUAUCUUCCAGCACGAUAUCAGCAUUAUGGGAUUUCUUUUGCUUCAAUAUUGGUGGAACAACUGCAGAGCAGAGUCGUAGUGCUUUAUCAGUCCUUUGCAUGGUUGCAAAGACGUCAACCGGUGUGCUUGGCUCACAUUUACAGGACAUAAUUGAUAUUGGAUUUGGUCGUUGGUCCAAAGUUGAUCCUUUGCUAGCAAGGACAGCUUGUGUUGCUAUCCAGAGAUUGUCCGAAGAAGACAAGAAAAAACUGUUGGCUGGUAGUAGUGCUCGAAUAUUUGGUAUUUUAGAAAGUUUAAUCACUGGUUUUUGGCUUCCCGCAAAUAUUUGGUUUGCUGCUGCUGACAAAGCCAUAGCUGCUGUCUAUGCCAUUCACCCUACCCCAGAAACCAUAGCAGUUGACAUGAUAAAGAAAUCUCUCAGUUCUGUCUGUAAUGAUGGGGGUGUUAAUGAGCAGAGUGACAUUGACACAAGUAGUGGCAGUAUUCCUCUCACAGUUCAAGUAGCAAAGCUUAGCAGAUGUUUAUUUAUAGUAAGUCAUAUUGCCAUGAAUCAACUGGUAUAUAUUGAAUCCUGUGCCCGUAAAAUUCAGAAGCAGAAACUUACAAAAGAGAAAAAGGACAGUGAGAAUCAGAACCUAGACAGUAAUGGCACAGUAUCAACUGCUACACAGAAGGAUAAUAAUAUAAAUGCAGAGUUAGGAUUUACUGCCUCGGAGGAUGCAGCACUUGAUGCUCUUUUUGAUAAGGCAGAAAAGGAAAUAAUAUCUGGUGGUUCAAAUGAAAAGAAUUUGAUUGGUGUCUGCGCAACAUUUGUGUCAAAGCUUUGUAGAAAUUUUGGACUAAUGCAGAAGUAUCCAGAAUUACAGGCGUCUGCAAUGCUAGCUUUGUGUCGAUUGAUGAUUAUUGAUGCAGAUUUUUGUGAUGCAAAUCUCCAACUCCUUUUCACUGUUGUGGAAAGCGCGCAUUCUGAAACUGUCCGUUCGAAUUGCACAAUUGCUUUGGGAGAUUUAGCGGUACGGUUUCCCAAUCUUUUAGAACCAUGGACAGAAAACAUGUAUGCCCGCCUAAAGGACCCCUGUGCAUCUGUUAGGAAGAAUGCUGUAUUGGUGCUUUCACAUCUCAUACUAAAUGACAUGAUGAAGGUGAAAGGGUACAUUAAUGAAAUGGCCGUAAGAUUAGAAGAUGAAGAUGAGAGGAUUUCAAACCUUGCUAAGCUAUUUUUUCUUGAACUUUCCAAGAAAGGAAACAAUCCAAUAUAUAACUUACUUCCGGAUAUACUAAGCAAAUUAUCCCAGCAAAAUCUGAGCAAAGAUUCUUUCUGCAACAUCAUGCAAUUUUUAAUUGCUUCCAUCAAGAAGGAUAGACAAAUGGAAGCUUUGGUGGAAAAGCUAUGUCAUCGGUUUAGUGGUGUUACAGAUGUCCUACAAUGGGAAUAUAUAUCGUAUUGUCUAUCUCAGUUAUCUUUUACUGAAAAAGGGAUGAAAAAACUCAUAGAGUUAUUUAAGUCAUAUGAGCAUGUCUUGUCUGAGGAUUCUGUGAUGGACCAUUUCAGGAACAUACUAAACAAGGGAAAGAAGUUUGCGAAGCUUGAACUUAAAGCUUGCAUUGAAGAGUUUGAGGAUAAGCUGAAUAAGUUUCACGCGGAUAGAAAGGAACAGGAAGUUACAGCUCGAAAUGCCCAAAUUCAUCAACAAAAGAUUGACAGCAUGGAAGGAUUUACUGUGGCUACAAAUUCUGAUGAUCACUCACAGUCUAAUUCUGCUUCAGAUGAAACAGAAGGGGAAGUAAUUGAUGGUUGCGCGGAAGAGGCAACGUUGCCAUCAAAUGGGAAAUCAGAAUCUAAACUUGUGUCAGGUGAUCUUUCUGGAACUUCUGCGUCGGAUCAAGGGGAUAUUGAAAUCCAAUCAACCGAGGUUAAGAUGAGAGGAGUUCAUCGGUCCAAAACUAAUAAAAGCAAUGUUAAACAUGAAAAGGGUGAUAAUAUCUCUGUCACCAAAAGAAAUACUCGGUCAAGGAGGUAUGCCUUAUUCUUCUUUAGCUUGUAUUUGCGUGAUAAGAUCCUGCUAACAUUUUGA